UGCAAUUAUUUGUUUGAAAAAGAGAAUGUGAGAAAUGGAUAUGGAUUCUCUCGAGCGGUGUUCGUAGGAGAGUGCCCUCCUUGGUGCAGGAUGAUGGAAAGAGGACUUUGGGAUUCUUCUCGUGAUACACACAGAGGUGGCAGGAAUCGUCGUGGACGUGGGGGUCGAGAUAGAGAUGGCUACCGCGGUCGUGGUCGUGGAGGUUAUUCUUAUUAUGGCAAUCAGAGUGAACUGUGGGAUGAAAAGUCUCAUAGGCCAGCUGAACCAGAGCAUUCCGAGCCGUCACCACCGGUCAUGCCAAUGCGAAUCCAAAUAAAGACCCGAUCCACAUCGCCUCCGAGACCUGCAGAAAAUGACUCAAGGGCUCCUCAGAGGAGAGUGCCAACUUUUAUGAACAAUCAUUCAGACAGCAUAGAGAAACGUGGUGGAAUUAUUGCCAGGCGGCCUAUUUUGCAAGUCGAUCCAGAGAACCAGGCGAAAAGUACCACCACGAGUUUUCACCGAUCCGCUGCUGCUAAAUGGCUGUACCAGGACGGAGGCCCCUCUUGUCACAAGCUUCUGGAUGAGAACCUUGUGUGGAAUGAUCAUGCUUCAGACAUGUUACAAAGUCAAAGCAAUUACUUGGUGGUGGGCGUCCUGGGAAGGCAGAGCGUCGGGAAGUCAACAAUCAUGUCACUUCUAGCCGGUACGCGUCCCGAACAGGUCCAGUCGCACGCUAAGCCCUUUCCGGUGGCGUCGCAGGCGUGCCUGGAGAUAGCCAGUCACCAGACGUACGGCAUUGACAUGUGCGUGACCAGCGAGCGCGUGAUACUGCUGGACACGCAGCCGCUGAUGAGUAUGUCCAUUCUGGACCGCAUGCUGUUGCAGGAACGCCAGCACGGCACGUCGGACAAUGCCGUGGAGCUGUACCGGCUGCAGUCCUACCAGAUUGCCGCGUUCCUCGUGCAGGUGUGCCACGUCGUGGUGCUCGUCCAGGACUUCACCUUCGACGUGGAGAUGCUGAAUCUGCUGGAGAUGGCCAGCCUGCUCAAGCCCAGCCUUGGCGGCCAGGGUGACUUGUCAGGGCUGGGUCACGCCACGUCGGACGUGCAGCCCCCGCAUCUGGUCCUGGUGCGCAACAAGGCGACGGCGGACGAUUUCCUGCAGGCCAACGUCAAGGCCAUGCACCAGAUGACCGAGGCGCUGAUGCGGCAUUCCAAGCUGCGCAUUCACGACCACGUGUCCUCCCUGCGCUCCGGCCAGAUCGUGUGCGACGAGAAGCAAAAGAAUGGCUCUGCCGCGGCUGUGAAUGUGUUCUUGUUACCGGUGACGGCGUCAAGUAGUGGUCAGGAAGGCAGCCAAAUCCAGGCCAAGCUAUCUCUGGUGAGCAGUAGCUCUCCAGUGCACGGCCUGGUGUAUCACGGCCACCCAUCAUUCGCUGCUGCCAGCGCUGCUCUUGUCCGCAAGAUCUUCUCCAUACGGCCGCACAAGAUCUCUCCAGCAGCGUCAGCCCUGUCCGAGAUCCAGUGGUUUGGCUUUGCCGGUCGCAUCUGGGAGGCGAUCCGUAAGAAGUCGCUGUCGGCCGACCUCAACAUUCUUCUUGCGGGGUGAUUGCGUCGUACACUACACAUAGUCAACAUGCCAACUGCUCACGCGUUACAACACGCGGUGACGUCUACGCCUUCAUGGAUCACGAAGAGUUCACGGUCGCGUGAACAGGAAGUUCGCGACGUCGAUCAUGCCUGGGCCGCUGCACUCCGCGCUUGCCGUGCCUUAUAUCGACUGCAUCCAUUUAGCGUCUGCGUACACACACCACACGUAUACAAGAUUAGCCGUCCAGCUGGCGAGGUAGCCUGCGCAGCUACUGAUGGCACGCGUGUGGUCCGUACGGCUUACGGUCAGCUGUGCGCAGUCUGGAAGCGAUUGGACCGCUAGCACUCCCAUGUGCACCCGACCCCGCUGUGUGCGGGCUAAGCCGUUCACUGACGACUGGUCACCUCUGCAGCCGGACUUUAGGUUAGUGAACUAUCCUGGCAUCUAAACGAGUCAAGUUUUGAGGUGCUGGUUUGUUUUUUGAGUAAUUGUAUCCGGGCGUCUGAGUCGUGACUGGAGAGGGUUGCAAUAUCUCGGUCCACUUGCUCUCAACUCUAGAAGGAGGGCAGAGAAGUUUUCUUGUAAUGAUUGUCUGUGCGAGACUUCGCUUUUGUCGUGAAUGUCGACAUUCAAGCUAGUCAAAGAGCUGGGAAACGAUCUGUGUUUCUCUCGCCAGCGUGAGCUUUAUCGGAAGAGUCAACAGGGGUUCCAGACUCACCUGUUAACUGUUUUCUUAUACCAUGCAUUGUAGCCGGUUUGCUACGUUUCUUGAAUGGAACGCGUUGUAUCGUGAACGUGUCCCAUACGGGUGCUCUCUGUUUGGUGCUGUGCAAUUUUUUCAAGCACACUUUGCCCCGUUUCGCUCCCUUUCCCUCUGUGUUAGGCUGGGCCUCUGUAUUAGAUCAUCCUCACUGGGUUGGUUGAUUUUUUUGCAUCACCAGCUUCACCCUUUUACUGUCUUUUCUAAGUCAUGUUCAUACCCACCGGAUUGUAGUCUUGCACUUCUGACUUUUUUAAUGUCUAGUUUUAUUCCUCGGCUACAUUUUCUUUUCACGUGUGGAAAUGUAGCACGUGUUUUUGUCGCGUUUGUAGUACAGUAUGCCAAGUGCAGUGGACUGCAUUCUCCUACAUCCGAGAGUAAACGUUAUGCACCAUCCAUGCGGCAACAGGAUUAAUUUUAAAUUUGAAACACACGAUGGAUAUCCAGUCUGGUAAUCACUUCAAGGAGUUUGUUGUCAGCUGAAGCACAUUUUCUUUUUUCUUUUCGGCAGAAUGUGUUCGUAGGCUCUUUCCUGCUGGUUUUGGUUUGCUUUUCAACGCUUAUCGUGGCUGUCAUCAUACAAUGCUGAUGUGCCUUAGCAUGAGUCUGGAUCCUAUGGUGCUGGCAUUGAACGUUUUGGUUUUACAAUGUACUUGAAGUAGCUGUUUUAACUUUUCAUGGUUUUUGUUUGCGUUGUCUACAUUGUGAAGAAGAGGUUGUCUACAUUACAGUCUGAAAUACCAGUACUCUUCGCCAUACA